GUUAGAAAAUUGUUGCUCUUUGAGUUGCUCAUUUUAAAUUGUUGAUUACAAUUAAUAGAAAAGGAGAAUUAACAAAAAUUAAACAUCAACAAGAAAAUUAACUAAUUACAGAGAGAGAGAGAGACAAUUAACUUAUAUUCUAUUUCAACUUAAUUUUUCUUUUUACCUGUUGAUAAUCUUUUCCUUUUUCUUUGUCUGUUCCCGGGUUAAUCUCUCAUCGAUUUGGUUUUCCAUCUUUCAAUCAAUUCACUUUCUCUUUUAAUUUUAUUGUUAAUUAUUCUUUAAUUGUGACUGUUAAUUGUUCAAAUUAAAAAUGUCUUCCAAUGUGAGAAUCACCCAAACAACAACCACCACAACAACCGCUUCGGUCCUUGUGAUCAACACUGGUUAUCUUAAGACCAAAUUGGGUCUUCUCAAGUCUCUCAUCUUUAUUUUAACAUUAAUCGCAUUCAUAUUAAUGUCGGUCCGUCAUCGAUACUUAAUUGCCAACAACGAUUUCUUAUUUCUCUACCUAAUCAAUUGGUGUCAUUUAUAUGCUAUUUUCUUAAUGCUAAUUACCUGUUUAUUUUCAUUAUCUACGGCAACGCUAAUGCCAAAGAUGACAUUUGAUUUUGUUUUUCACUUCUCAGCGACCAUACUUUUCCUAUUAGCUGGACUCUGGUCAAUCUCAAUCGCCAUUGAUUCGUAUUAUUCAACUUACAAAACUGCUUCGAUACUUGCCUUUUUAAUUGCUCUUCUUCAUGCUCUUCAUGGUUACUUUUCCUACGCAACUUGCAAAUUACAUUAAAUCAUUUGGAUAAAUUGUAAUCCAUUAGCCAACAUGAUUGUAACAAUUUUCCUCCUUCACUAUUUAACUUCAUCCAUCAGGAUCAAACAAUCAAAUUAUAAUACGAAACUUUAAUUGCUAAUCAAUAAUCUCAUUGAUUGUUCAUCUUUCAAUGGGAAAAUCUGCUCUUCAUCCAAUUAUUGUGUCUUCAAGAUUAAAACAUUUCUCUUUAAUUGUGACAAUUUGCUUAUCUCAAUCAAUACUCUGACCUUUUCUCCUUUAAUUAAUAAGAAACAAAUAAAAUACUCUUAAUUACAAUUAAAAAAAAA